AUGGCUUCUGCUAAGAUCUACGUCGGCAAUCUCUCUUGGAACACCACAGACCAACAUUUGAUGGAGGCUUUCUCUGCCUUCGGACAAGUUGUUGACUGUAUCGUCAUGAAAGACCGAGAAACCGGUCGAUCAAGAGGUUUCGGUUUCGUCACUUACGGUGAGGCCAGUCAAGCCGAGGCUGCUAUCAGCGCCUUCAACGACCAAGAGCUCGACGGUCGACGAGUCCGAGUUAACCUCGCCAACUCUCGAGGUACCGGUGGUGGCGGUGGCGGUGGUGGUGGUUACGGUGGUGGUUACAACUCCGGUUACGGUGGUGGCCAAGGUGGUUACGGUGGCGGUCAAGGCGGCUACGGUGGUCAACAACAAGGUGGCUACCAAGGUGGUCAAGGUGGCUACGGUGGUCAACAAGGUGGAUACCAAGGUGGUCAACAAGGCGGUUACCAAGGUGGUCAACAAGGUGGAUACCAAGCUGGCGGCCAAGGUGGUUACGGUGGACAACAAGCUUACGGCGGUCAAGGCGGUUACGGUGGUGCUUCUCAAGGUUACGGCGGUGAUCAAGGUGCCGGUGGUGCCGCUCAAGGUUCUUACGGUGGCCAAUACUAA